AUGGAAAAUAAAGCUACCGCUUCGGAAACUCCUCCGUGUCACAUAGAUAAAAAGUUACCCAACCGAACUUACAUCACAGCAUGGCGCGACAAAAACGAGUUCAAAUCGGUGUACGAACAGAUAUUCACCUCCCCAGUAGACGACAUCGCAACGAAGGAGAAAGCCCUCGAGUGGCUAAAUAUGUGGAAAAUACGACAGGUGAAAGAUUUUCCCGUCUGCAUCCGGUGCACGCAGCAGGUGCUCGAGGCCCAGCUGUUCGAUUUACGUACCCAGCGAGAUGCAACCGAUAGCGGUAAAGCGACGGAAAUUAAAAACAUUUACGCUGGCGCAUUUACCCGUUUCAUCAACUUUCUGACCGAGGCUAGCGGUCCGCGAAAGGAAACGAUCGCCGACUCGGUACGAAAAAUUGGCAUCGAAACGUACCUGGUGGAGCUGAGGCAUUUAUGCGCGCACAAGUCCGUUUCGAUCUCGAUCGACGUGUUUCGACGAUCGGCACAGUACUGUAUGGAUUGGUUGAACCGAUCGUACUGGCAACGGGAGCUGGCAUGUAUGGAGUCGGUCAAUGCGUGGUCGAUCAUGGGUAACUAUCUGGCGGGAGAUUUGCUUUCGGCUAUGAAUCGUAUCCUGCGUACGUACGAUGCGGUAACGGCUGCACGUGUGCGGAAAGCUUUGACACUGGACGCGGCCAUAAAGAGUGUCGGAUUAACGGCAGAUGAAGUGGAACUGUUGGAAGCGCAUGCUGAAUGGCGUAAAUCCGCCCGCUUGCGAGUAAUUCAAAAUCAAACCGUAGAGCAGUUGCAGGCUCUGAAGUUGCCACCAACUCAGGUUGCAGUCAAUGCCGUUUGUAAGGCGGUAUUCGAGAAUUGCAAACGUAUGUUCCGGGAUGCGGAACUGUACGGUGAGGAUGAGACUGUUCCUCUGGCCAAGAUGCAUAGUGCACUGUUCCGUGGGUUAGCGGCGAUGGGUUGUGUGCAAACGUUCUUCAAGCAGCUAAUCGUCAUCUGUGAGCAGGACAGUGUGCAGACCGCUCACCAACGUCCGUGGGCCACCUACUGGGCACAGAGAAUAGCGGCCGGAUUUCAGCUGCUGAGAGAGUUUAAAAAACACUGCAGCACAUUACCACCGGAACAAGUGUCCCGGUAUGGUCAAGCAUCGCCGCGAAUCGGAUUAGCGCAGAAUUGGUACGAAGAGCGAUUAAAGUGUGCUACCAAUCAUCAUCUGAUGCUAGGACUGUACGUGGACUGUCCAUGGCAUUUGAGGCUUCACCGAUCGUACGUGAUGGCACGGUUAAUGGCGAUGAAUGAUUACACAAAGGAUAUAGUGCCGAUAUUACUCACUCUACAGGAACCUCCCCUGUCCGAUGAACAGCUGCAGAACAUCAAGCAGUUAACACAUAUUUACUACGACGGUAGUGAUGUGAUUUCCACUGAAACUUCCGGCAAGAAGAACAUCCCAUCAGAAGACAAAAAGGCAAAUGGUCACUACGAGAGCAGCACGAAAGGAACGCAAAUUUAUACGGCGGAAGAUCUUAAAGAUGUGAUCGCAAACGUACGCAACAAGCGCAAAUCAGCGGAAGAAGAAAUCCCUUCCAAAAGAGCAAAACAGUACGGUCUGUGGACGGAGCCGGAUGUAACGCUAGACUGGGGCAAAUAUCCGUUAGGAACGUGUCUUAAAUGA